CAGCAACCGAUGCGCCGCCGCCCUCAUCGCCCAGCAGGCCCAGCGACCGACCCAGACAGAGACAGCAUGGACUUUACAAAGAAGCUCUCCAAGAUGUCGAUCCGGCAGAUCGCGACUCAGUUGCUGCAGUUUUGUCUGAUCAUCUCAUCGGCCCUGAUGAUCUGGAAGACCCUGGCGGUGGUGAUGAACACCGAGUCCCCCAUCGUGGUUGUCUUGAGCGAGAGUAUGGAGCCUGCUUUCCAGCGAGGAGACCUCCUCUUCCUGGCGACUCCCAGCUCCCCCAUUCGUGUCGGCGACAUUUGCGUCUACAAGCUCAAGGGAAAGGAGAUCCCGAUUGUGCAUCGGGUUCUGCGACUCCACGAUGACGCCUCGACUGGCAAGCAGUUCCUGCUCACAAAGGGCGACAACAAUCCGUCCGAUGACCGAGCCCUGUACAAUCGAGGCCAGCUCUGGGUCCACGAAGAUGAGGUCAUUGGCCGAGUGCAGGGAUACCUGCCCUACAUAGGUAUGGUGACGAUCCUGCUCAACGACUACCCACAACUCAAGGUGGUCCUGCUGGCGGGUCUUGGGCUGACGGUGCUGUUCAGCAAGGACGAAUAGUAUAUAGCUCCCGACCUUGGAGUGGCACUGAGCCAGCCGGCCUCGGGGUGUCAGCAUGGAUCGGAUGUUGCCAGUCGAAACGAACGAGUGUCGCAAUGUGAUUGGCCGAAUGGAGCUGUCCAAUACAAUUGAUUUCAUGACAA